AUGGUUUCCAAGCCAACCUCAAUCCGCGUCGCACUAAAUCAAACCAUCAGCAAUUCCACGACCGAUUCAAUGAGCGUUGAGGAAUUUUACAAGAUCGAGAGUUUUAUAAGCUCCAACGCUGGCCUGGAACUCAGUUCAACUACUCGGAUCAGAUUUUGGAUCAUUUCCACCUUGAUGGUCCUCAUGGGUGUUUUCUAUCUCAUCAGUCUCAUCAAAAACGUCACCAUUCGAAAUUAUUGGCUGAUCGAAAGGAAUAGAAACGGCUACCUGAAUCCGAAUCUUGAGGUUUUAGUCCCUCUGUUUGCACUUAUAAACAGCUCUUUGGUUUUGUGUUCCAUCAUAUUGAUGAAUCGAGAUAACGGCCGAUACCUCAGUCGGCCUACGAUGAUAACGCAGAUGAUAUCUUACAACUUUUUGUUCUAUUGUGCUGCCACCAGGGUCUGGAGGACUCUAUCUGUUAUCCCAAUAGUACCGGUUCAACUGACACCACGUGGUACGAGUUUUUUAAGCAACGGGUUGCCGCCAUCUUUGUUCAACAUGUUGGUAGUGCUGCUGUACAUCAGUUUUCCAGUAGCCACUUUACCCAUCACUCUCUCAAUGACCAAGGACGCGGACACAUUAGGCAGAGACUUCUUCAUUCUAAACUCGAAUGUGAAACUCUUCAAUGCUCAAGAAGAAGACCUACUUCUGGAUGAUGCCUUACCCCCUUUUCUGGUGAACGAGUUCAAAAGCACCUUAGACACUCUGCGGCCAAUGAUGUUCCAAGUGAAUCGUCGGUGGAGGCUUUAUUCAACCUUAACGGUCCAAGUGCAAAUCCUCACUCAAGCUCGUCGGCGAUUUGCAAGAAUGGCAAGUGUUGGGGUGAGAUCAGUCGAAGAUGACAUAACUUCCGAUGACGCCUCUGAAUCAAUCCAAUCGCGCACAAUGUAUGGUGCCAUCGUCAAAUCGAUCAAGAAGUUAAAGGCUACCAUUUGGACCCAGUCUCAAGAUCAGUCAGAACUGUUGGAAUUUUGGGACUGCCCAGAUUCUUGCGGUGAAAAUGCAGAAUUGGAAAGAAAGGCCAAAAUGUCUUCUCGUUAUCGCACAGCCCUCCUGUGGCAGUCUUCCUGCUCCAGUGUGAUUUUCCUGUCAUUUGUCGUGUUGACUGCUUGUCUUGCUUUCGAUGCAUUUGGCGUACCCAACCGUACCUCACCCACCCGAGUUGCCACUAUUACUUUCGAGUGGACCGGUUGGGCUUGGUCAGUACCAGGUAGCGUCUUGGCAUUUAUGACUUGCUGUGUAGCCUUAGUGCCCCAUUCAGCCUCCGAGGAUGCGACCAACGCGCGUUCGGCAGCUACAAUACGAAAGUCGUCCGCCAAAGGCAACAGGCUUCAAACAGAGUUAACACGCACAUCUACCGAAAGCGACGUGGUAAACUUACGUCCUUAUGGAGGGUUUCUUACCGAGACGCCACAAUCAUCUCUCGCAAAGGCCACCUUCACGGGUGAAAUCAAAUCACUGGGGAGUAGAAUUUGGAGAAAGCUUUGCCCCCGAUGGAGCUCUUCACCCCGCUCUAGUUCUUCCCCAAGAGUGCGGAAAUUGUCGUGUUUCAGCUUCGCGGAGAAUGAAAAGAUCAGUGAUCAACAAGUCGUCAACCACUUUCCGCCUGGACACGGUAUCGACAUGCAGAACGAGAAUGCAAGCGAGCCGGUUAUGAGACAUACUCUUCAAUUCACAUCCGGUCGAGAUCUUUUACCUCUGGGUCAAAUAAAAAGUGACAUCAAUAUCAUCAAAUCACUUCGGCACAACGACCCUUGA